AGUGGAACCUCAACCCAGCAUGUUAUUGUGAUAGAGUCUGCAGAUGCAGAGGCUGCAAGUCCUGGGGUCAAGCAGGGUAGGAUUGAAGUAGAGGACCCACAACACAGCAGAGACACCCAGACUGGAGUGACUGGAGCACCCCCUGUAGCCACGGAGGACCCCACCACCGCCGCCCGACGCAGCAUCACGGAGGAGGAGGAGGGUCCAGAGGUGCUGCUGGUGAAGGAGGAGGGGUGUGAGGAGGGUCUGGGGAACCCUGAGGGGACCAUGGUCAUGGAAGACAACCAGACAACACCUCCUCCUGAGCCCACAGAGGAACCAGCUGAGCGGCACAGGACCACACACAGUCUCACUGAGUCAGUAGACAUGGAGGAUGGGAAGCCUGAUCUGCUGCUGGUCAAAGAGGAGACAAUAGAAGAUGGACCAGAGACCAUUGAUCUGCUGAGUGGACUAAAGAUGGGGGAGCAAGAUGACUGGGUGGCCAUCUUGGAUUCCCAGACCCAGACAGGUGCAGCCAAGGGCCCAGGGGACAAUGUCACUGAGCAGGCCAGGACCAGAGGCGACAUAGUGGAGGUCAGUGGAUGGGACAGCGUCUUCAACUCUGGGCUGGGGAGCAACACUGUUAAUCACAACCAGAAAAAGACAGUGGAACAUAAAACAACAACCAAACUUAGUCUCCAUGACAACAGACUGGCUGAGACCAGGGCGAGGCGUAGAUUUGGUCUGCGAGGGCGAGGAGGUGUCAGUAUGCGGCGGGAGAGAACAGACACAGACUCGGCUAGCGAUGCUCCGUCCUGCUCCUAUAGUUGUGAUUCAGAGAGACUGAUGGCGCCUCAGGUUAACCCCGUAACAGGUGCUGCCUUCAGCCUGCCUUCUAUAGGAUCUAUCAACUGGAACAUGGACCCUGUGACAACACAGACACUUCCUGGCCUUCAUCCUCCUCACACUCUCCUAAUGUUAAACCAGACCUCGGACAAUGCCAGUGCCUCAACACUAAAUGGCUACACAAGCCCAUUGACAAAUGACAGUGGUAGUGAUGCUAUCAGUAGAUCCGGUGGCAAAGAGAAGCGCUUCUGUUCAUUCUGUGGGAAAGCCUUCAGUUUCCGCAAACAGGUGGAGAUCCACCAGAGAAUGCACACAGGGGAGAAACCUUUCAGCUGCCAACUGUGCCGGGCCAGUUUUUCACAAUCAUCCAGCUUGAAGAGGCACCAGAGAGUCCACACGGGGAGAAACCCUACAGCUGCCCCCCAGUGUGAGAAGCGGUUCUCCCACCAGCACCAUCUGAAGGUGCACCUGAAGGUCCACACGGGAGAGAGGCCGUUCGCCUGUACGCACUGCGGGAAGAGGUUCUCAGAGAGGAGCUACCUCAGGAUACACCAGCAGCAAAUGCACACGGCCCAUGUAUAGUGUAUAGUGAUAUGUAAUGUAGUACUAGUUAGUUUGUAGUUAAUUCUGUUGGUUUUGGAUGUAGUAGGGAACUGGAUGAGGUGAACUGAGGAAAGCAUGAGUAUGAUGAGGCAGAGGAAAUGAUAUGGUGAUGGUGUCUGUAAAAAUGUUUCACUGAUUAAGAGUGACAACUUUGUCCUGUUGUUUGAUGAUGUUUUGUAAUGAGGAAAUGAUUGGGCCUUACUUUUUAUGUUUACUUGACAUAAAGUAGUGAAGCUGUGUGUAAUGUGUAACCUUUUCCAAAGUAUUCUA